AUGUGGUAUGGCAAGUUUUACUGCAAAGAUAUAUUAUGUGAAGUUCUUCCGCAACUUAAAAUUGCAGAAGAACUUUGCAUAAACAAAGAUAAUAAAUAUAAUGUAAAAAAUAUACAAAAGCCUCUCAUGCUGGGGUGCACUGGCCGAGGCGCGUCCCCAGGGACCUUUGACCCAAAGGCUAGGUGCACUGCUUACAACAGUGCUCUCUUGGGCACGAGAUCAACUGCAAUCGCGCUGCCUCGUUUGCUUCCAGAAAAAACGAGGGGUGUUGCGGAAAAUCGGGCGUCCCCUCCUGGAAUAUCAGACUUGGCCCUUCAAAUACUGGACGCUCAACGGAGAUCGUCGACAUGCUGGAAAGGCAAAGGGUUGACAUCUGUUCUCUGCAGGAAACAAGAUGGAAAUCAAAUGGUGUCUCUCUCAUUGAGACUUACAAGUUGUUCUGGAAUGGCCAAAAGACAGCCCAAAAUGGAGUGGGAAUCUUCUGAACUGAAAUGUACUGAAGGUGACUCGAAUCAACUCACGCCUAAUGCUGAUCAAACUCAGAAUGGGAAACAGGUUCUGACUGUUUUCUCUGCAUAUGCACCAGAAACCGGUGAAUCUGAAGACGCCAAAAAUGACUUCUGGAACACACUCUCAGAUACCGUCAGGAAAACACCAUCAUCAGAGAUACCAUUGAUAUGUGGCGACCUCAACGGCCAUGUUGGAGAUAAAGCAAAUGGGUUCCACGGUGUCCAUGAAGGCUUUGGCUACGGGCCUCAAAACGAAGACGGUGUACGGAUUUUGGAAUUUGCUGAAAGCCAUGAACUCUCCCUGUUGAACACCUACUUAAAGAAGAGAGCAGAACAUUUGAUCACAUAUGUUUGGUGGAAUUUUAAAGGAGUCACUUUUUUGAGCUUUUACCAGAUAACACAACAAUUAAUUCGAAAGUCUACUGUCGUCAGCUGGACAAACUGA